AUGGAGCUGGAACAGAGAGAAGGGACCAUGGCCGCCGUGGGCUUUGAGGAGUUCUCCGCGCCGCCCGGCUCGGAGCUGGCGCUGCCGCCGCUGUUUGGCGGCCACAUCCUGGAGAGCGAGCUGGAAACCGAAGUGGAGUUUGUGUCCGGCGGCCUGAGCGGCUCCGGGCUGCGCGAGCGGGAUGAGGAGGAGGAGGCGGCGCGGGGCCGGCGGCGGCGGCAGCGGGAGCUGAACCGCAGGAAGUACCAGGCGCUGGGCCGGCGCUGCCGCGAGAUGGAGCAGGCCCUGGGAGAGCUGUCUUUUCUAGAAGCUUCCCUGACAGCCCAGCUCCUGCAGCUGGUGUUCUCCACCGACGCCGGGGCGCACGCAUUCGCCCAAGCGGAGCUGGGGCUGGAAGCUGCAGCCUGA